AUGGUAACUCUGACCCCGAUUGCUUUCGGAUACCACCCCGAUACCCAAGAAAUUCUGGAACGGUUGCAGCAAAUGAUGUCACAAGUGUUGGAGCUGAAGGCAUCGCAGCAAGGUGACAUCGCUAAAGUUCACCGCAAUUUACAAACGCUCAAUGAAAAAGUUGAUCAACUUACCAAAGUAGCUCUGCCACCCCCGCAACAACUGGUGAUGUCCCUCAAAAACAGUGAUACCAUUUACGUGGAAGAGUUAUACUGCCUGGAGCUCGAUUACGACGUUGACCGUGAACUGAGCAUCCCGGACUAUUUGUAUAUGGAAAGCGAUCCACGUACAGCGCUCUUUAUUGAAGAAUUUAGCGACGAUGAGAACGAAGACUCGAGCCAACCGCCGGGUGUCCUUCUGCGCGAACCACUCGCUUACUGGGAUAUUGACGACGAAUUAGAUGAUGGCUACGUAAGUCAUCUUGACGAUGAUUUCAUUUUUGGGUAA